AUGCGUUUUGGAAGACCUGCCACGGUCAUAACUGACAACGGCACUCAGUACACCGGUAGACCAUUUCGGCAACUGUUGAAGGAUUUUGGAGUUAACCAUCGACUUACACCACCCUACACACCUCAAGCGAACCCCGUCGAAAGAGCGAAUAAGACCACCAAAACCAUGAUUGCGCAGUUUUGCGAGGACAACCAUAAGAAAUGGGAUGCCCAUCUCUCUGAAAUGACGUUUGCCUUCAAUACGUCCCGUAACGACUGGACUGGAUUCUCUUCGGCUUUCCUGAAUUUUGGAAGGGAACUCGAGUCGCCGAAAACUCUUCUGCGCGAAGAACAGCCGUCUGUUCCGUCCGAAAAUCCCGAGCCGACGAACGCAGACAUAACAAGUACCGAAAACCGCUUAAACCGUUUAAAAGAAACCUUCGAAUUGGUCCGUUUAAACCUGUCUCGCGCCUUCGCGUCACAGAGCCAUUAUUAUAAUGUAAGACGAAGAGAAUGGCAAUAUAUGCCCCGUAAGUCAUCCGAAAAACUCCCCAAGGGAGCCCGACCCACAGGCCCGUUGUUCCUAAUGAAGGAAGAGGCCAGGAAGAGUAAGGAGAAACAGGAGGCUCGAAGAGAGAAAAUCCGGAGCUUGGCGGAGGCGUUCAACAAAGCGCCCACCAGGUCCGACAACCCUUCGACGUCAGGGGCAAAAGUAAUCAUACUUUCCGAUAUACAAGUCCGUCCGCCUGGCCCCUACCUCCCCGCUACCCCCCCGCCGCCGCCGACAUCGCAGACGCUGUCUGUAACUAGGCCGGAAAUAACGGAUAAAAUCGCCGCUACAACCGGGUCCUGGGACGCAACACUUUUGGAGGAAGUGCGUUCCCUGAGACCACCCGGCGUCCCAGGAAAUGUGAAAAUACGGAUUCGGGUACGAACCAGUACGGGACGCCGGAUCUGGCUGACCAUUCCGAAAAAUGAGUAA